AAGAGAGAGCGAAAUGGCUUUAAAACGAUGAGGACAACGACGAUGAUAAUAGCAUAAUAAACAAAUCACCAGUCACGCGCCGGAGAGCGAUAUCGCGGCGAAAAUUCAUGCAAAAGCCUCUUACUCUGCACCUCCCAACUCUUCCCUUUGAGUCUCUCUCACACCUCUCUCUCUCUCUCUAUUAUCUCUCUCUCUCUCUCUCUAUAUAUAUAUAUAUGUGCGUGUAUAUGUGUGUGUAUAUAUGAAUUCUCGAAUCGACGAAGGAAUGAAAAUGGAGACUGAGUUGAUCCGUGAAGGCGACGAAGCAAAACGUCGAAAUUCGGUCUCCGAAACCAACCGCAUUGGCUAUAUUUUCCGAGACCAGCGGCUCGUCUUCGCUUUGAUCGGAUUCGCCGCUGCCGCCAUCUUCUUCAGCGCCACCGCUUGGCCUGCUUCGCCACCGCAUGUGGUGCAGAUCGCUGACUCGUUUCGCCAGGACGAGUCCACUCACCUGCCUCGCCGGGUCGCGUACGAAAUACACAGCGAGUUGGGACGUGUCAACGCAGGUGGAAAGAUACCAUUGGGGUUGAAGAAGAAGAGUUUGAGGAUAGUGGUGACGGGUGGGGCCGGGUUUGUGGGGAGCCACCUCGUGGACCGUCUGAUGGAGAGGGGGGAUAGCGUGAUCGUAGUUGAUAAUUUUUUUACGGGUCGGAAAGAGAACGUGAUGCACCACCUAGGGAACCCAAGGUUCGAGCUCAUAAGGCACGAUGUGGUCGAACCCAUCCUGUUGGAGGUGGACCAGAUCUACCACCUGGCUUGCCCUGCCUCGCCUGUUCACUACAAGUUCAACCCUGUUAAGACCGUUAAGACAAAUGUGGUGGGGACAAUGAACAUGCUAGGACUAGCAAAGAGGAUUGGUGCGCGGUUCUUGCUGACCAGCACCAGCGAGGUGUACGGUGAUCCUCUCCAACACCCCCAGGUCGAGACCUACUGGGGCAAUGUCAACCCAAUCGGUGUUCGGAGCUGUUAUGAUGAGGGAAAGCGUACUGCUGAGACUUUGACCAUGGACUACCACAGAGGACUUGGCAUUGAGGUGAGGAUUGCUAGAAUUUUUAACACUUAUGGACCACGUAUGUGCAUCGACGAUGGCCGUGUCGUUAGCAAUUUCGUCGCCCAGGCAUUAAGAAAGGAGCCAUUGACUGUUUAUGGGGAUGGCAAGCAAACUAGGAGUUUCCAAUACGUCUCUGACUUGGUGGAGGGCUUGAUGCGAUUGAUGGAAGGGGAACAUGUUGGUCCUUUCAAUCUUGGCAACCCUGGUGAAUUCACCAUGCUUGAACUUGCCCAGGUGGUACAAGAGACCAUUGAUUCAAAUGCAAAGAUAGAGUUCAGGCCGAACACAGAGGAUGACCCCCACAAGAGAAAGCCAGACAUUUCAAAGGCCAAAGAACUUCUCGGGUGGGAGCCGGUUGUCUCCCUCCGGGACGGCCUUCCUCGCAUGGUUUCUGACUUCCGACAACGCAUAUUUGGUGACGAAAAGGGCAGUGGCGCCACGGGUAUGUCCUCAGCAUAGAUUGACAAAAACCAAAGGGCGCAGUGAGGAAGAAAGUAGAAAGAGGCAAGGGUAGAAUAUAAUAAAUGUUUUAAAACAACUAUAUUUAUUGUCUCUCUGUCACUUCCUUUUCACAAAUAAAUGUCCCAAAACAAAGAGGGAAAAAGAAGAGAUGUUUUUGUGGAGUACUAUAUAUAUGUUUCUUUCUAUAGAGUUGGAGAUAUUCAUUUUUUACAUUUGUAGAUUGUCUUCUUCUGCCUUCUAUUAUGUAAUUUGUUUUUGUCUUUCAUUUUCAAUAUUAUAAGAUCUGUUAUUACUCAACAACGGUGUAUUUAAUAUUAUAAGAACUGUUGUUACACAACAACGGUAUAUUUUAGGACAACAA